AUGGCAGGCAUUCAAGAUCUCACAGUCGAGAUUCUGAUGAUAAUCUUCGACUUGGCCAUCGCCAUGCGGGAUCCUGAUUAUGACAGUCCUGAGACUUCAUCCUGUGCGAUCCCAGGUGAUGGCCCAGCAAUCCUUAACUUGGCACUUACUUGUUCUCGUUUCCGCGAUGUAGUAGAACAAGUCAAGUUCCGAUAUUUGUUCCAAUACGACGCUUUCCCCCUCAAAGCCGAUGACAUGAAGCGAUUCGGAUUCAUGCUAAAUCCAGUUAACUGGCCCCGGGGCCUCCGCAAUGCGCUUCAGCGAAAUCGCGAACUUGGUAACCAGUGCCGCGAGCUUGGAGUGAACUUGACAGGAGACCAGUUUGCUGGGCGCGAAGAGUUCUUGCGGAGUCUUGAAGAAAUCGUUCCUGACCUCCCAAAUAUGACAAAGCUUUGGAUUGCUUGCAGUUUCAAAAGGACUACGGAGAUGCAGAACACCUUGUAUCCUAGAUUGUUAGACCCUGUCAAAGACAUGUCAAGAUUGGUCACGGUUGCAAUUUUGACAGUGGAUCAUAUGAGGGAACUCGAUUCAUUAUAUUCCAUGCAAUGGCCAUCGUCAGUCAGGAAGUUGCACCUAGGAAUCACGAGCAAUUUGAAGGAGAGCGAGAGAGCCGAAGGUCAGCCGAUGCUUCGGGGAGAGUGCAACAUUACAUCACUUUCCAUAGCAGGCACCCAAAACUUGUUUGAUUUCCCCAGCGUACUCGAAGGAUUUCCCAACGCCCUCGAGGAAUUGACCUUGCUGGACUGCUCGCGACCCACGCCACACAUCCCCUUCCCUAUGCGUUUCGACGGACACAAGCACAGUCUCCGGGCCCUCAGUCUGGUAUUUUCCGCAUUUGGAGUCCCUUCGACACUCAACGUCUCUGACUGUACGGCUUUGGAACACCUUAGCUUGCACUAUGGGGAGUUGAAAUACCCCGACCGAUUGGGGUUCGUUGCAUGUGACGAUGCCGAGCAAUUUGCAGCGCGCAUUUUGGGUCCCAGACUGAAGAGGCUUACCUGGGUUUUUCAUUACAAGAACGAGCCUGGGCUGCUCAAGACGCUGUCCGUGUCCUCACAUUCUGUUCGUGAGCGACUCCAUCGAGAAUUGGCAGUUGCUGCUGGUGAGAGAGCAGCGGCUUUGGAAAAGAUACACGUUAUCUGGGUGCCACGGAAAGACUUUAAAGUACAGUACCCAGAUCCAGUGAAGGCCAUCGUUGUUGACAAAGUCAAUCUAUCCGAGAAGGUCACGCUUACAUACAGUGCCGCUGGCAUGCCUGACGAGACCAGGCUUGAGGUUUCCCGUGCACUGCAGCGGCAUCGUGCCUGA